AUGGCGCCCAGUUUCGAUACUCUCUCUGAGCAGGAUCUUCACGAGGAAGAAGAGGAGGAGAUCGACUUCUCCGAUCUCAAGGCGCAAUAUGAAGUGAAACUCGAUGAAGGCCUGGAUACCUUCGUUGUCAUUGAUGGACUCCCGAUUGUCCCCGAGGAGAGCAGACAAAAGCUCAUUAAAUUCCUGUUGAGGAAACUCAGCGCGGCUGGCAAAACCUCCGAAGAUGCCGUCUUUAUGCCGCUGAACGAGAAGAACAUGUCCGAAGGUUUCGCCUUCGUUGAGUACGAGACCCCCGAACAGGCCGUCGCCGCCGUGAAACAGCUGCACGGCACACCCCUCGACAAGAAGCACACCCUCGCCGUGAACAAAUUGAUGGAUAUUGAUCGCUAUGGUCGGGAAGGACGCAUUGAUGAGGAGUAUAAGCCUCCUACGAUCGAACCCUUCAAGGAGAAGGAGCAUCUCCGCUCGUGGCUGGCCGACCCCAACGCCCGCGACCAGUUCGCUCUCUACCGUGGUGACAAAGUCGGUGUGUUCUGGAACAACAAGAACAACCCGCCCGAGAACGUCGUGGAUCGCGCCCACUGGACGCAACUUUUCGUCCAGUGGUCCCCCAAGGGUACCUACCUGGCCUCCGUUCACCCUCAGGGUAUUCAGCUCUGGGGUGGUCCCGCCUUCUCCAAGCUCAAGCAGUUCCCCCAUCCGUUCGUCUCGCUGGUUGAAUUCUCGCCCGCUGAGAACUACGUGACCACUUGGUCCGCCCGCCCCAUCCAGGUGGAAGAAGGUGGCUCCGGACCCCUGUCUUACGAGGAGGAUGGAAAGAACAUCAUCAUUUGGGAUAUUGUUACCGGCAAACCCCUCCGGUCUUUCGUGUCCCACGACCUGGCCGCUGGUCCCGCCGAGGCCGAAGCUCAACCCAAGAAGAAGGUCCAGUGGCCCGCGUUCAAGUGGUCUGCGGAUGAGAAGUACGUCGCCAGAAUGCUCCAGGGCCAGUCAAUUUCGAUCUACGAGGCUCCCCGGAUGAACCUGCUAGGAAAGACGUCCGUCAAGAUUGAUGGCGUGAUGGACUUCGAAUGGUCCCCCGCGACCGUGAACCGUGAUGGUGUCAAGCAGUACGAGCAGCUGCUGUGCUUCUGGACCCCCGAAAUUGGCAGCAACCCCGCUCGCGUGGGUAUGAUGAGUGUGCCUUCGAAGGAGAUUGUCCGUACCCGUAACCUGUUCAACGUGUCGGAUGUGAAGCUGCACUGGCAGUCCCAGGGUACCUACGUCUGUGUCAAGGUGGACCGUCACUCCAAAUCGAAGAAGUCCAUGGCUACCAACCUCGAGAUUUUCCGUGUUCGCGAGAAGGGUGUCCCCGUUGAGGUCGUCGACAGCUUGAAAGACACGGUCAUCAACUUCGCCUGGGAGCCUAACGGUGGUCGCUUCGUCCUCAUCACCACGGGCGAGACCCCCACCGGUGCCGCCGUUCCCCCCAAGACGGCUGUCUCCUUCUUCGCCCCCGAGAAGAAGGGUGGUUCGGCCGGUAACUUCAAGCUGGUGCGUACCAUUGAGAAGAAGACGAGCAACGCGAUCUACUGGUCGCCCAAGGGCCGUUUCGUCGUUGUGGCCACUGUGCACUCCCAGUCGAGCUUCGAUCUGGACUUCUGGGAUAUGGACUUUGAGGGCGAGAAGCCCGAGGGUGAGAAGGAUCUGGCCGCCAACCUUCAGCUGAUGAAGACGGUCGAGCACUACGGUGUGACGGACGUCGACUGGGACCCUACUGGUCGUUACGUGGUCAGCAGUGCUAGCGUGUGGACACAUUCGAUGGAAAAUGGCUGGAACCUCCACACCUUUGCCGGUCAGACCCUCUCCGAGAACCCUACCGACAAAUUUAAGCAGUUCAUCUGGCGUCCUCGCCCGCCCACCCUUCUCAGCAAGGAGGAGCAGAAGCAAGUCCGCAAGAACCUCCGCGAGUACUCCAAGGAGUUCGACGAGGAGGACAAGUACGCCGUCGACAUUGCCAACACCGCCGUUGUCGAGAAGCGCAAGCGUGUGCUCAGCGAGUGGCUUGCCUGGAUCCGGCGGGAGAAGGAGCUCCUCGCCGAGGACAAGGACGCCUACGGUCUGCCCGAGAACGUGGACGACGCCAAGAUGGCCAAGGACGCGCCACAAGUGUCCGAAGACCAGGGCGAGACUGUCGUCGAGGAGAUUGUGGAAGAAAUCAUCGAAGAGAACGAGGAAGUCAUCGGUUGA